CACGCGUCGGGCGGUGGCGGGAGUCGGCCGCGUGCGCUUUCCCGCUCCAGCCGGCCCAGGGCUCGCCGCGCCCGCAGCCUCCGGUCGGGCCUCGCCCACCCGCCCUCUGCUCGCUCCCUCGCGGCUCCGCGCUCGCCUCCUUCCUCCUCAGUUUCUUCCAGAGCCCAGGCCCCGCCUGUUUCCCGCCCCCAAGGCCAAGGCCAAGUUUGUUCCCGCCCAAGCCCUUCCCUCUCUGAGCCCUGCUGCUUCUGCUACAGGCGGAGGCUCCAUGUUGUCUCCUCAUCGAGCGGUAGCGGCUGCCUCGGGAGGAGCAGGUGAUGCCAUGGAGAGUGGGAAGCCUGGCCCAGUGCAGGUGGUUUUGGUUCAGAAAGACCAGCAUUCCUUUGAGUUAGAGGAGAAGGCCUUGGCCAGCAUCCUCUUGCAGGACCACAUUCGAGACCUUGAUGUAGUGGUGGUGUCAGUGGCUGGGGCCUUCCGAAAGGGCAAGUCGUUCUUCCUGGACUUUCUGCUCCGCUACUUAUAUUUCCAGAAAGAAGGUGGCCAUUCAAAUUGGUUAGGUGAUUCAGAAGAACCAUUAACAGGAUUUUCAUGGAGAGGGGGCUCUGACCCAGAAACUAACGGGAUUCAGAUCUGGAAUGAAGUUUUCACUGUGGAAAAGCCAGAUGGGAAGAAGGUUGCAGUUGUUUUGAUGGACACCCAGGGGGCAUUUGACAGCCAGUCCACUGUGAAAGAUUGUGCUACCAUCUUUGCUCUAAGCACCAUGACUAGUUCUGUUCAGAUUUAUAACUUGUCUCAGAACAUUCAGGAAGAUGAUCUUCAACAACUACAGCUCUUCACAGAAUAUGGUCGUCUGGCAAUGGAUGAAAUUUUCCAAAAACCCUUCCAGACACUGAUGUUUUUGGUUCGAGAUUGGAGUUUCCCUUAUGAAUACAGCUAUGGACUACAGGGAGGAAUGUCAUUUUUGGAUAAGCGUCUACAGGUGAAAGAACAUCAGCAUGAAGAAAUUCAGAAUGUCCGAAAUCACAUUCACUCGUGUUUCUCGAGCGUCUCCUGUUUUCUUCUGCCGCAUCCAGGACUCCAGGUGGCCACAAGCCCUGAGUUUGAUGGGAAAUUGAAAGAUAUCGCCAGUGAAUUCAAAGAGCAGUUACAGAUACUGAUACCGUAUAUACUAAACCCAGCGAACUUAAUGGAAAAGGAGAUCAAUGGCUCAAAAGUCACCUGUCGGGGGCUGUUGGAGUAUUUUAAGGCAUAUAUUAAAAUUUACCAAGGAGAAGAUCUGCCUCACCCCAAAUCCAUGCUCCAGGCCACUGCGGAAGCCAACAAUUUAGCAGCUGCAGCCUCUGCCAAGGACAUUUAUUACAACAACAUGGAGGAGGUGUGUGGGGGAGAGAAACCUUAUUUGUCCCCAGACAUUCUAGAGGAGAAGCACUGUGAAUUCAGACAGCUUGCUCUGGACCACUUUAAGAAGACGAAGAAGAUGGGCGGGAAGGAGUUCAGCCUUCGCUACCAGCAGGAGCUGGAGGGGGAAAUCAAGGAACUGUACGAGAACUUCUGCAAGCACAACGGCAGCAAGAACAUCUUCAGCACCUUCCGGACCCCCGCCGUGCUCUUCACGGGCAUCGUGGCUCUGUACAUCGCGUCGGGCCUCACUGGCUUCAUUGGCCUGGAGGUGGUGGCCCAGCUGUUCAACUGCAUCGUUGGCCUGCUGUUAAUCGCGCUGCUCACCUGGGGGUACAUCAGGUAUUCGGGGCAGUACCGCGAGCUGGGCGGAGCCAUCGAUUCCGGAGCAGCAUAUGUGUUGGAGCAGGCUUCUUCUCACAUUGGCAAUUCCACCCAGGCUGCUGUGAGGGAUGCCGUUGUUGGGAGACACUCAAUGGAUAAAAAAGCGCAAUAGCGUCCUGGCAAGAGGAUCCAACAGGAACCCAACAGCCCCUUCUGAUUUCUGCGUUUCCGCUGUAGCCACAGGAACAGGCCCAGAGGAAUGGAGAUGUGGGACCACCCGGGAAGAGCUGACACGUGGCACCAAUAAAUGAACAGACAGACCUUUCCUGUGGUUGCAAACUCUUCAACGCACUUCCAUUUCUGUUGGAAGCGUUUCUUUUCCUUGCUGAUGAUCUAGACCCAAGCUUGUGUCUGUUCUCUUAUUACUCUCUGCUUUGUGCACUUUAUGGGGGAAAGUUAAAGGAGAAUAUGGAAAUGCAGUUUUAAGUCCUUUAUGCGCCACUUAGUGCCUUUUAAAAUGGAAAUCGUGCGUUUGCAGGCAUGAUAGGGAGGAGGGACUGAGGAAGCCUCGGGAAAGAUUCUGUUUGGGGCGAAAUCUGUCAGUUCUUUUAUACCUACUCUAUUGAGAAGGGUUCCUUUUUAAAAAAGUUUACAAAACUGGCAAAAGCUUUAGAACUAAAGGCUGAAAUGAUGCCAUUACAUAAAGUCUUAAAAUGUUAGAGGAUCCUGUCUGCCACACAGUGUGGAAAACCAUCAUGUUUACCGUUCACUGCAAUGUAAGUCUUUUCCUUGACAGGCUGUCAGUGUGGUUCCUUUUGCCUUUAUUCCUGUACCUUCUUUCUAGAAAAGAGCAAACAUGCCUUGGAAAGCCAGAGGCUCAUAAUUAAAGGAAUGAACUUGAUAAUUUAAAAAAAAAAGCUAGAGUUUAAAUGAACCAUGUGACCUCUGAUAAGUCACUUGAACUUGUGCCUUGGCCAGAUUCACUGUUGGCAGGUUUAUGUUGGUACUAGAGGCCCAGUGCAUCAAAUUUGUGCUCUGGGGGUGUCCCUCAGCGUGGCCUGUGACCUCAAUCAGUCCAGGACUCCUUAAUGCUCCACCUGUAGGGAGAGGCUCCCGCCACUGACGCUGUGCUUGCCAGCUGAGAGCCGGGCUUCUGGCUCCCCAAUUGGGAGUGCACUGACCAUCAGGGCAGCUUCUGCGUGGAGUGUCUGCCCCCCCGGUGUUCAGUGUGUGUCAUAGCAACCGGUAGUUCUGCCGUUCGGUCAAUAUGCAUAUUAGGGCUUUAUUAUAUUGGUAUAUGCACUACCCUCACACAGUUGUCAUUUGAGAGGUUUUAUUUUUGAAAGUUCGCAUAAGAACAAAACUAUUAUUAAUUAGAGGAAACACCGUACCAAACAUGGCCUUUAAGUGAUGUCCUAUUGCAUAUGGCUUAGCAGUAAACCAGGCCUUAUGUCCUAUGCACUGUUUAAUACUUUUAAUAAUGGAGCUGAAACUGUCCGUUUUAUUUAGUCUGUUUUAUUUAGAAUUCUUUAUCUAACUUGACUUGUCUGGUAGCUUUAAAAUAGCGUUGGCUUAAUAAGGACCAAAGCUCCAUACAAAUAUGGACCAUACCCAGAAGUAUCUAAUAAUAAUUCUUUAUAUACCUUGAUUGUGUGAUAAAAUUUUUUAUCUGUAGUUGCCUUUUUCUUUGGUUUAUAAUGGUGAAUUAUUAUGGAUUUUAAGCCUAAAAUUUGCCUGCAAAUAUUUAUAUAAACAUUCAGGUUUGUGAGCCUUAAUUCUUAAGAUAAUUUAAUUUUUGUGGGAGGGUGGUAAGGAAGGCUUAGGAAAAAUCUGAGAAAAUUUUUUAUGUAUGAAGUAUGAGUGGAAGGUGGCAAAACAAAGUUUCUUCUGGCAUAUAAUCUAUUAAAGAUUUUUUUGACUACUUUAACACUUAACCAUUUAAGUAUUUUUAUAAAGCCUGAAUUCCAAGCAUUUUAUAUAUUUUUUCAUAUUUACAUACCAUCUUGCCCUGAAGUUUUUGCUAUUUUAUUUACUUGCUGUUAGAUUUAAAAAAAAUUCCAGAUUGUUCUAAAAACUGUUUCCUUGCUUAUCAGUGAUGCUUAGUUUUGAAUGUUAAAUUGAAAAGUUAGUGCAUUUUCAUGGGGCCUCAUCUUCCUGCAGGCUCCUCCUCCUCAGCGAAAGGCCUUACAGAUACUAACUUAAAACAAACCUACAGAAUCACUGUAGUUCAGAUUGAAACAUCAAUGUGAUGGGUGAUGUUUCACUAGAACUAAAUUCCUGAUAUUGGGUUUAAUAAACCUACUAUUUACAUGUUUUACUUUUUGCUAAAAAAAAAAAAAAAGAAAAGAAAACCUCACUGCAUUUUAUAAGCAUAUUUAUAGAUUU